AUAUUCGAGUUCAUUUUUUUCAUCAAUUAUUUUACAUUUUAUUUAUUGUACAUCGCGCGCUAAGUUGUACAUUUUAACUUUGUUUAUAUUGUGGAAAUGUUUGAAGUUGAACUGAUAUCAGCAGAUCACAAAGAUGUCAUCCACGAUGUCGCAUUUGAUUAUUACGGUCGACGAAUGGCAACUUGCUCUAGUGACCAAACCGUAAAGGUUUGGGAUGAAGACGAAAAAGGCAAUUGGAUUGAAUCCAGUAAUUGGAAAGCACAUUCCGGUUCUAUCUGGCGAAUCUCCUGGGCUCAUCCAGAAUUUGGGCAAGUCCUAGUUACAUGCUCAUUUGAUCGAACGGCGUCUGUGUGGGAAGAAAUAGUUGGAGAAAAAGUUGCAUCCCUAUCGACUCCUUCACGUCGUUGGGUACGUCGAAUGACACUGGAUGAUUCACGUACAAGCGUUUCUGAUGUUAAAUUCGCUCCUAAAUACUUGGGACUAAUGUUGGCCACAACAUCGGCUGAUGGUAUAAUUAGGAUUUAUGAAGCACCAGAUAUAAUGAACCUCACCCAAUGGCCUGUUUUGCAUGAAAUUGCUAAUAAAUUACCAUUGAGUUGCAUAUCAUGGAAUACUUCAACAUACAUGUUAUCUUCACAACUUUUAGCGGCGGGAAGUGACGAGACAGCUACACAUACCGGAAAAGUUUUUAUUUUUGCAUAUAGUGAAAAUCGCAAAUGGGUUAAAAUUGAUGCAAUUAAUGAAAUCACACAACCAGUUACUGAUUUAGCGUUUGCACCUAAUCCUGGUAGGACAUUUCAUAUGCUCGCGGUUGCAAGUAAAGACUUAUAUAUUGUCAAUAUCCGAGGAGUGACAGAUGCAUCCGCAAACACUAAACUUGAUAUACAAGCAACCAAAUUUAGUGAUCAUAACUGUCCUGUUUGGAGAGUUUGUUGGAAUAUGUUAGCGACAAUGUUAAUUUCAACUGGUGAUGAUGGAUGUGUGCGAAUUUGGAGAAAAAAUUAUACCAAGGAUUGGAAAUGUGCCGCCGUAAUAAAAGCGGAAGGAAGUUAUCCGUCCUACGAACCAAGUCUAAAUUCCCCUGUAAUGACUGUCUCUGCUGCUGCAACUGCCAAAUACUAUAAAAAAGGUUCAAUUAGUAACCCAAAUCAAGUGCCAUGGCAUUAGUUUGAAUGAAUUUUAGAUUUGCUUAAUGUUGAUUUAGAAAGUACGUCUAAGAAAUUAUUUAAA